CCGAAAGCACCCCCCUCCUAUCGGAAGAUGGGAAGCAAGGCUCUGCCAGCCCCCAUCCCGCUGCACCCGUCCCUGCAACUCACCAACUACUCCUUCCUCCAGGCUGUGAACACCUUCCCCGCAGCUGUGGACCAGUUGCAAGGUCUGUACGGACUCAGCGCCGUGCAAACCAUGCACAUGAACCACUGGACAUUGGGCUACCCCAAUGUGCACGAAAUCACCCGCUCCACCAUCACGGAGAUGGCGGCCGCCCAGGGCUUGGUGGACUCCCGCUUCCCCUUCCCCGCGCUCCCCUUCGCCACGCACCUCUUCCACCCCAAGCAAGGGGCCAUCGCCCACGUCCUCCCAGCCUUGCACAAGGACAGGCCCCGCUUUGACUUUGCCAACCUGGCCGUGGCCGCCACGCAGGAGGACCCCCCCAAGGUGGGGGAGCUCGCCAAGCUGAGCCCCGGACUGGCCUCACCCCUGUCGGGCAUCAGCAAGCUGUCCCCGGACAGGAAGCCCUCCCGCGGCCGCCUGCCCUCCAAGACGAAAAAGGAGUUCAUCUGCAAGUUCUGCGGCAGGCACUUCACCAAGUCCUACAACCUCCUCAUCCACGAGCGGACCCACACGGACGAGCGGCCCUACACCUGCGACAUCUGCCACAAGGCUUUCCGGAGGCAGGACCACCUGCGGGACCACCGGUGAGGAACCAUCGCGACCCGGGCCGGGCCGUGGGGGGAGCCGCUCGGGGGGGCGUUUGUGAAGGAUUAAUCCUUUGCUUGCUUCAAAUCUGAACAGGAAUCUCCACACAAAUGCCCCACAUGUGGAAGAACCUUUAAUCAAAGAAGUAAUCUGAAAACUCACCUUCUUACCCAUACAGACAUCAAGCCCUACAACUGUGAGCAGUGCGGCAAAGUGUUCAGGCGAAACUGUGAUCUACGGCGGCACAGUCUAACUCACACCCCGCGGCAGGACUUCUAG